AGACCUCGGGAUGAGCUCCUCCCAGGCAGCAAGCACUCUGCGUUUUCCCCUGUUUGCCUCUAAUACUUCUUUUGUACACAUCUCAUUUGUCUGGAAAAAAUUAAGUAAAGCCUCAGGAUGGCAGGCAGGGAUUUUAUUAUUUUAUGUGUUUAUUCAAGACAUGGUUUAAAUCCAAGUUCAGCUUUAACUAGCAGAAUUCUAGAAACACUUUGAACCCAUUAGCAUAUCCAAGUUGGUCCAUGGCAAUGGCUUUGACUUCUGCCCCCUUACUCCUGCCUUCAGUGUCUGCUUUUAUUUCCCAUGUUUUUUCUGUGUCUGAAGAGUUGCUCUACCUUGUGUUUUAUCUCCUAUUUUCUUGCAUUAUCUCUGCAAAGAAAGAUCAGACCAGAUGCACAAAGCUAUGGAUAACAUACCAAUGUAAUUAUGUAAAACUAUCCUACUGUAAGAUUUAGUUCUUUAGUAAUAAUCUACAAUACCCUGCUAUAGAAGAAUCAAGAAAGAAAAUAUGGACCUCUGGUUUCCAAGAGGUUGACAUGACAACUGAAGAGAUAGAUGCCCUCGUCCAUCAGGAAAUCAUCAGUCACAAUGCCUACCCCUCGCCUCUAGGCUACAGAGGUUUUCCAAAAUCUGUUUGUACCUCUGUAAACAACGUCCUCUGUCAUGGUAUUCCUGACAGUCGACCUCUUCAGGAUGGAGAUAUUAUCAACAUUGAUGUCACGGUCUAUUUCAACGGCUACCACGGAGACACCUCUGAGACAUUUUUGGUGGGCGAUGUGGAUGACUGUGGUAAAAAGUUAGUGGAGGUUGCCAGGAGGUGUAGAGAUGAAGCAAUUGCAGCCUGCAGAGCGGGGGCUCCCUUCUCUGUAAUUGGAAACACAAUCAGCCGUAUAACUCAGCAGCAUGAUUUGCAAGUCUGUCCACAUUUUGUGGGCCAUGGAAUAGGAUCGUACUUUCAUGGACACCCAGAAAUUUGGCAUCAUGCGAAUGACAAUGAUCUCUCCAUGGAGGAAGGCAUGGCGUUCACCAUAGAGCCAAUCAUCACUGAGGGAUCCCCUGAAUUUAAAGUCCUGGAGGACGGAUGGACUGCAGUCUCCCUGGACAAUCAAAGGUCCGCCCAGUUCGAGCACACGGUGCUCAUCACGUCGCGGGGCGCACAGGUCCUCACCAAACUGCCCCACGAGGCCUGAGGCGCAGCCCGCGGGGCGCAGAGGACAGGCGCCCCUCUCUGCCUUCAGCUAGAACUCAGAUGAGGAGUAGAGCACCGGCGGCCCGCGCCGCCACCGACCCGGCACCCCGCGGCGUCCUGCUGAAACUCGGUGGCGACCGGCAGCCUCCGGGGACUCAGCCCACCAGCCCCGCAGGGUCUGGGCUUGCGGAACGGAGACGCUGCACCCCAGGCUCGGCUCCCCCGCGCGGCAAACGCCUCUGGAGGGGGAAUGGGGACUCUCCUUUGGGAGACCGGGGUCUCAGGGGGAAGCAUUUUUCCUUUUCUGCCGAGUAAAAGCCCUUUUAAACA